AUGGUGGACGUGGACGUGGACAUGGACAUGGACGUGGACAUGGACGUGGACGUGGAGGUGGACGUGGACGUGGAGAACUUGGACGUGGACAUGGACGUGGACGUGGACGUGGACGUGGACGUGGAGGACUUGGACGUGGACGUGGACGUGGACGUGGACAUGGACGUGGACGUGGACGUGGACGUGGACAUGGAUGUCGACGUGGACAUGGACGUGGACGUGGACGUGGACGUGGACGUGGACCUGGUCGUGGACGUGGACGUGGACGUGGACGUGACGUGGACGUGGACGUGGACGUGGACGUGGACAUGGACGUGGACACAUUGUCGUGGACGUGGACGUGGACGUGGACGUGGACGUGGUCGUGGACGUGGACGUGGACGUGGACGUGGACGUGGACGUGGACGUGGAGAUGGACGUGGACGUGGACGUGGACGUGGACGUGGACCUGGACAUGGACGUGGACCUGGACGUGGACGUGGACAUGGACGUGGAAGUGGACGUGGACGUGGAAGUGGACGUGGACUUGGUCGUGGACGUGGACGUGGACGUGGACUUGGUCGUGGACGUGGACGUGGACAUGGACGUGGACGUGGACGUGGACGGGACGUGGACGUGGACAUGGACGUGGACGUGGACGUGGACGUGGAUGUGGACGUGGACAUGGACGUGGACCUGGACGUGGACGUGGACAUGGUCGUGGACGUGGACGUGGUCGUGGACGUGGACGUGGACGUGGACGUGGACCUGGACAUGGACGUGGACCUGAACGUGGACGUGGACGUGGACGUGGAAGUGGACGUGGACGUGGACGUGGACGUGGACUUGGUCGUGGACGUGGACGUGGACGUGGACUUGGUCGUGGACGUGGACGUGGACGUGGACGUGGACGUGGACUUGGACAUGGACGUGGACGUGGACGUGGACGUGACGUGGACGUGGACGUGGACGUGGACGUGGACACGUGGACGUGGACGUGGAUAUGGACGUAGACGUGGACGUCGAGGUAGACGUGGACGUGGACGUGGACGUGGACGCAGACGUGGACGUGGACGUGGACGCGGACGUGGACGUGGACGUGGACGUGGACGUGGACGUGGACGUGCGCGGACGUGGACGUGGACGUGGACGGACGCGGACGUGGACGUGGACGUGGACGCGGACGUGCGUGGACGUGGACGUGGACGUGGACGGACGCGGACGUGGACGUGGACGUGGACGCGGACGCGGACGUGGACGCGGACGUGGACGUGGACAUGGACGUGGACGUGGACGUGGACGCGGACGCGGACGUGGACGCGGACGGACGCGGACGUGGACGUGGACGGACGCGGACGUGGACGUGGACGUGGACGUGGACGUGGACGCGGACGUGACGUGGACAAACGCGGACGUGGACGCGGACGUGGACGUGGACGUGGACGUGGACGUGGACGUGGACGGGACGUGGACGCGGACGUGGACGUGGACGCGGACGCGGACGUGGACGCGGACGCGGACGUGGACGUGGACGUGGACGUGGACGUGGACAUAGACGUGGACGUGGACGUGGAUGUGGACAUAGACGUGGACGUGGACGUGGACGUGGACGUGGACCUGGACGUGGACAUGGUCGUGGACGUGGACGUGGACGUCGACGUGGACGUGGACAUGGACGUGGACAUGGUCGUGGACGUGGACGUGGACGUCGACGUAGACGUGGACAUGGACGUGGACGUGGACGUGGACGUGGACGUGGACAUGGACGUGGACAUGGACGUGGACGUGGACAUGGACGUGGACAUGGACGUGGACAUGGACGUGGACGUGGACAUGGACGUGGACGUGGACAUGGACGUGAACAUGGACGUGGACAUGGUCGUGGACAUGGACGUGGACAUGGACGUGGACGUGGACGUGGGCGUGGACGUGGACGUGGACGUGGACAUGGACGUGGACGUGGAGAUGGACGUGGACAUGGACGUGGAGGACUUGGACGUGGAGAUAGGCGUGGACGUGGACGUGGACGUGGACAUGGACGUGGACAUGGACAUGGACGUGGACGUGGACGUGGACAUGGACGUGGACAUGUACGUGGACGUCGAUGUGGACGUGGACGUGGACAUGGAGAACUUGGACGUGGACAUGGACGUGGACGUGGACGUGGACGAAGACAUGGUCGUGGAUGUGGACGUGGACGUGGACGUGGACGUGGACAUGGACUUAGACGUGGACGUGGACGUGGACGUAGACGUGGACGUGGUCGUGGACGUGGACGUGGACGUGGACAUGGACGUGGACAUGGACAUGGACGUGGACGUGGACGUGGACGUGGACAUGGACGUGGACGUGGACGUGGACGUGGACGUGGACAUGGACGUGGACGUGGACGUAGACAAGGACGUGGACUUGGACAUGGACGUGGACGCUCGUGGACCAGGCAAGCUCCUGGACCAGGCAAGCUCCUUGACCAGGAUAGCUCCUGGACUAGGCAAGCUCCUGGACCAAGCACACUCCUGGACCAUGCAAGCUCCUAGACCAGGCAAGCUCCUGGACGAGGCAAGCUUCUGGACCAGGCAAACUCGUGGACCACGUACGCUCCUAGACCAGGCAAGCUCCUAG